CAUAUUGGUGUCUCUGGAGUCGUGGUCGAAAGAGCCCAAGGAUGAUCUUGGAGGGUGAUCUUCCACGACACUAGACAUGUUUCCAAAGUCUUCGAAGGUUCGGGCCUUAUCUGGAGGUCGUGAAUGACGUGAAGAUGCUUGAAAGCGAGGCUUGUCUUGACCAACAUUAAGCGGUACCAACCACCGCUCAUUCACCACCAUCGCCGUCGCCAGCCUCGUCUCCACGUCAAAGUGUGCAGAUUUAUGCAGAUCCGAAAUGUAAACGGCAAACCCACCACACACAGUCAAUAUCUCUCCUUCGAUCUCGUGGGUCUGCUUCAGGGCUAGUGAACCCAGUGCAGACGUCCUGGCCAAAGUCUAUGGUACCUGUCCAUCAAGGAUCUUUUUUGGGUAAAGACAAAGACUGGCGUGGCUGAUGUCGCUGUUGAUCCAGUCUCAUGUGGGCCGAACCACAUGAAAGGGCAAUUGUAUGAAGCAUGGUAGGGUAGGCUCAAGGUCGAUAGCCAUGUCGGGUAUGAAUGUCGGAACUCACUCUUAUCCCUACGGCAUUUUGACAGGCACACCCUUGAACAAAACAGCGAGUAGGUUUGGGAUAUGGGAUUGCCAACAAACACUCACCGUGUGGAGGGAUACUUACAAAUGUACUCGGACUGUGUGUGGCAAUGAACAUGAUGAUAAUAUGAAGUUCAGUUAUGCAGACAUCAUGUCGAUUGGCAAGAAUCGCCGGACCACUCGAGUGAUUUCAAACCAACCGAAGGCUUCAUCUAGACCUUCUUACUUCGAAUUGGUGUGAACUGGUGUGGUCUGCACACAAAGUCCCAGAUUGAAGGCCCAGAGACAAAAAUGUCUGAUGGUGGAAAGUAGUAACUUGGGACCACAAUACGUACGGCUGAGACGGUGAGUCGGCGACGCUACACAGAGGAUGAAAGAGCGGUUUUGAGAUCACC